AUGUUGAAAAGAGCCGUACAUCCUGGGGAUGUAUUGAGGGAUGAACUGGAGGAGAGAGGAGUAUCGCCGGCGAGUUUCGCCAGGCAGAUUGACGUGCCAGCCAAUCGCAUCAGCCAAAUUCUGGCCGGCAAGCGUGCGGUGACCGGAGACAGCGCCCUUAGGUUUGGCCAUUGGUUUGGCAUGGAGCCACAGUUCUGGCUGAACUUGCAAGCGCAGUACGAGUUGGCGGUCGCGGAACGGGUGGUGGGAGCAAAGAUACGUGCCCUGCCCACCGCUGCCGGCGGCGAGUAG